CGAGGGUGGUCGGAAGCGGUGUCUGGGUGACUAGGUGUCUGGAUGACUAGGUGUCUGGGUGUUGUGCCUACGUAAGCACUUGCAGCUCACCCUUCGUUACAGCACAGUUGAUGGAGGCAGUACAACACCACACGACUCGCUGACGGCCCGUUCACCACCUGUUUCUACCGCUGGAUCUGACUCUGAUGUCGUGGGAUAAAGGAACAGAUCAGCAGGUGUCUCCUUAUACAGGGAGGCCAUCCAAUUCGCUGGCAAGACUGGCGUUCAACAUCUAUGGAACGUCUGGUGGAACAACACCAUCGGGCAUCUCGAGGACUCCGUCCUACCAUAACCGGCAGUCGUCGCCUCCAAACGCCACGCCCCCUAAAGGUGUCUCGCCUGUGUAUGACGUCGGUGCCAAUGACAUCACCACUGUUAGGUACAAGUCGAACUCUGAGCUCAUUGGCCUCUGUAAGCUGAACACGGACUCUGAUCAUGUGGUAAUGGCUGGUAAGACUACGCUUCAGAUCUACAGGGUUGGCACCACCGUCGUGCCAAUUGAUGAACUGUUGACCAACAGCUUCUACAUGAAGAAUAAGAAAGCGUUUGGUACCAUACUGGACGUUAAGUGCGGGCAUCGUAACUAUAACAAGUACGUCGCAGCAAGUACGACAACUGGAAGCAUUCUCAUCUUCAACACCACUGCAAAGAGUAACAAGCUGCUAUUCAAGUACUCGGAUCAAACUAGGGCGAUCAAUACACUGUCAUUCUCCCAGUUGGACCCCCAUCUGCUAUUGUCGGGAUCGCAAGACGGUGCAGUGAAGCUUUGGGACUUGCGUGCCUCAAAGGGCAAACCAACCCUCACCAUACAGCCAGGUUCUGAUGCCGUUAGAUCAAUACAGUUCUCACCAUUCCAUAACAAGAAGUUUGCUGCAAUAUCUGAUUCCGGUGUUAUCCUGAAAUGGGACCUGAGGUUGCCAACACAAUUUGAAAAGAAGUUAAAUGCCCAUACAGGACCUGGCUUAUGUAUAGAAUGGCAUCCUGAGUUUGAUUACCUCGUGAGUGCCGGCAGGGAUAAGCAAGUUCAAAUUUGGAACAUGAACAGUGAUACCAGAGUCCCAGAACAUGUCAUUUACUCUGCGAACCCGGUCAGCAAGGUCACCUGGAGACCAACGGUAUCCAAUAGCAUAACAGGCGCAGAAGUUGCAAUGAGUUUCCUGAAUAAUGAUAUGGCUGUCCAAAUCUACUCUUUGAAACGGAAGUAUAUCCCACUGUACACCAUUGAAUCACACACUGCUCAGAUAACUGGACUUUCGUUUAAGGAUGAGAGAUUUCUCAUGACAUGUUCAAAGGACAAGUUCUUUUGCAAGGAAGAUCUGGCCUUGUACCCACAUACAAUCGAUAACUUAUCUCUGACAUCGGUAUCUUGGACUCCUAAUAAUGAUAUCAUGUUCAUAGAUCAACAGAAGAAGAAAUUCGAAACUGAUAGGGAGUCGGAUACUCAACAAUCAGGAGUUUCAUACCCUCAGCCUUCAACAUCACCUUCUUCGAAUCCAUCAGCACUGACCAACACACCUUAUAUGUCGUACAACACAUCACCGAGACCAGGAAUGUCACGGAGCAGUAGUGUAAGACCAUCGCUAAUCCGUGGACAAAGUGGGAACUUAAACCUUCACCAUACGACUCCUGUGAUGAACCCUACUGCUAUUCCUGUGACAUUGCCUAUUAUGAAGAACAAGGACGCUUUGAAAUAUCUCGCAGAGAAUUACGUGAUUGACCCUAGUGAGGAUCUCGUUGCCAGUUGUGUUAAAAAUGCAGCAACUGCUAGUGAAGUUGGAAAUUACAGAGAUGCCCAGACGUGGAAUGUCAUCAAAGAAAGCUUGCUUUGGGAAAGACAACUUGAUCAGGAAUUGAUAUACGAUGUGCCUGAAGUAGUCCAUGGUGAUGGUGAAAGUCUACACUCUGAUCUCACAAGUGAGAAGUAUCAGUACUCAACAUCAGCAUCGACGAAUUAUGGUAAGAGUCCAAGUCUCUCUGAUCUCUCAGAGUUCAACUCACUGAACUCGAAAGAACACCAUUUCGUUACAAGAGAGCAUCGCUUAUCAAUAAUCAAAAGUAUCAAGAGUAAGUCUUCAAUAACAGAUAUCCAAGAGUCCGAGUCUGAGGACCCGGAUCAUGGCAAGACGGUCACCAGAGAGGAUGUUCUGAGAUGGGCUGAUACGCUCAAAACGAAGCCAUCUGAUACAGCAGCAUCUGGCGAUGAUACACUAAACAAGGAUGAGAAUGAAGUUGCGGUGGAAUUUACAGAGGCUGCUACCAAACCUGUUGCGUUACAUCAUCGUAAAAGGUCUAUAAGAGAGUCUAUGUUGGAUAUUGCUGACUCUAACUCUGCCCAAUCUCGCUCGCCAACCUACUCUUUGAUGUCAUCUAUGAGUGCAGCUUCCAUUAAGCCACUAAAUGCACCAUUGGCUCCUAUCCUGAGUAAGCAAUCUCUGAGUAAGCAGAAUUCACAUAUGUCAGAACUCACCAAGCAACUCACAGGCCAAAAGACAGAUCAUGAGAAGGUGACUGUAGGUGGUAGGUUGCUUCCACCUUUCGUGCCUCGUCAAAUGAUCCGCAAAUCAGUCGAGUUCAGCUCUGGCCAAGGUGAUUUGAUCAUGAGUUGUACUCUGUUACUUCUCUUUAACGAUAGAUACAAGAUUCUUCCAGAAGUGAUGAUGAAGAAUAGCCUAUUUGAAUAUUUACAAUUCUUACAAAGGAUGACGUUUUGGGUACCAUUGGCUAACAUCCUACAGAUCACAGAGUACGAUGAGUUCAAACAAAUGUCAUCUAAUUCAACAACGGUACGGCGUUUCUGUUCUAAAUGUGGUGUCUUGGUUGUCAAUGAAAAGACUAAAGAGAAAUAUCUGAAGGACGAUCAGGUGAACUUUGGUGCGUGGUUCUGCGAGCAAUGUGGAUGCAGAAGUAAGUGUAUCUAUUGUAACGAGCCAUUGAAGGGACUUAACAUCUUCAGGCUGAAAUGUGGACACAAUGGUCAUUUUGGAUGCUUCAAAUCAUGGAUGUUCGACGAAGGAAUGAGCUGCUGUCCCGGUGGCUGUUAGUGCUCGACUGGUGGGAUACUCUUUAUGAAAUCAUGAACAAUGUUCCAGUACGAAGGAUAUACAACUGUAUCGUUAUGGUGAGCUCCGUCAAACACCGUGCGAGAUUUAACUGUAGCAGGUGAAAGUUCGUAGAGUCUCGCCAUGUGGUCUGGAGGCACGAUCUCGUCCUUCUCUGCGCAUAGAAAGAUCAUCUCAACCUCUGGAGAUACUUUCAAGAUGUCGUGCUCCGAGUCCCAUACCUGGUGACAAAGAAAUGUAAAAUUCCUCAAGAAGGGGAAGAUAUGAGGAAUCGCCUUGCGUAUACUCAAGAAUGUAUUCUCUAGCACGACGGCCUUCACUGGAACAUAGUUCUUGGAGGCGAUGUAGAUGG